UUCGUUUUGACCAAAAUCGCGGCACUGUUCGCUCUAGUGUCUGAGGCGUGAACCGAAUGGACCUUAAUAAUAACGGUAAUCAAUAAUAUCAUACUCAUGACCGUCAUCUUCAUUCCCACUGCAUGAUAUUCUUUGCUCAAUGUGCCAUGCAUCCUCGCACGUUAGCAAGACUUACCUCCCUUUCUACUCAUAUUCGUCGAACACCUCUCCGACCUGCCCAUUCGAGGCGAAUGUCAUGUGCUACUGUUCCGCCAGAUAACGCAACCUUUCAAUUACCACCAUUGAACUUUGCCAUUUCUCCUGUACCGAAGCAUCUAUCUGACAAGGGACGGCAUAUAAAGACUGCUGCAGCGCUCAUAAUUGGGGACGAAAUUCUGAAUGGAAAGACGCUCGACCGGAACUCCAAUUACUUUGCACGAUUCUGUUUUGAGCAUGGUAUUCAAUUGAAACGCGUAGAAGUGAUAGCAGAUGAUGAAGCUGAAAUCUGCUCAGCGAGCCCCAGCAUUGAAGCCAGCCGGAGAAUGGUGGAAACGUACGAUUUUGUGGUGACGUCAGGUGGUAUCGGGCCUACCCACGAUGACAUAACAUAUGCGUCUUUGGCGAAAGAGUCUGGGAAAUAUCGAGCGUGGAUAUCAAAGCAAAGCGAGGAACAGCGAACAGCGCGCAAACGUAUGGCACUGUUCCCUGAUGCGGCGGAGGUGAUUUUCGUUGCAAGCGAUAUAUGGGUGCCCGUCGUUCGCCUGCAAGGGAAACUUUGCAUAUUUCCAGGGAUACCCAGCCUCUUCCAAAAGAUGCUAGAUAACCUGAAACCCUUCCUUCCUCUCCCGCCUGAAGAGGAGCGACCUUUCCGGCUCCAAGUGUUCACGGCAUUACCUGAGUCGUCUAUUGCCCCGUUCCUCACUGACCUUCAAAAGCGAGUACAACCUGAGGGUAUUCGGAUAGGCUCCUAUCCAGUCCUACAGAAAGGUGUGUACGUGUCUCUCAUAGGCGCGGACCGUGGCCGUGUACAUCAGCUUGGCGUAGAGGUUGAGAAAGAAGUGGAUGGACGUGCUGUCACCGAGGCAGAAGCGGAAGCCAAGCGGCAAUUGGGCUGCCAGUGAUUGAAUGUUCGAUUUAUAGUAUCAUGUACUUUCCGGAUGCGCGGUUGUGUCUUCAUUUCCGCAUACUUGUUGUGGAGACAAUCCACACUUUGUUUCGUCUGCUUCUUACUUGCUCACUAGUUUUCUCGGCUCGCUGAUACUUGACUUGUUCUUUCAUUUCUCCUGCUUGGUGAACGAAUGCAUGGCGUACGACGCGUUACACGCCACCAUAUACUAUCUGAAGUGCG